AUGCCCAAGCACGGUGCAGUGCAUACUUUCCUUGUAUUUCCUAAUGCACUUGUCACAGAGAAAGAACACGUCGACGAUUUGAAGAACGAGAUCAGUGUUUUGAUGAAAACCAUCUUGACAUUGAACGAGGAAUUGUUUGAGACAAGGCAGGCAAAAAAGUCAUUGAACCAUAAUACAGACAUGUUGCUCAGGGACACGAUAGAGCAAAUGAGGAUAAAGGAAGGACUUUUUAUGGAGGAAUUGAAGAGCAAAGAACAAGAGAAUGCAAGACUUCGUGAGGAACUGAACGUCGAGAGUGGAAGUCUGAGAGGGAUCUUGCAAAGAGGGCUUUCAGUGAGAGAACAAUACAGCCCUGAGGAUAUUGAUGUGCUAUAUCAAACGAUCGAAGAAUUCUCGUGGUGGAGAAGUGUCAGUGAUGAUAGUUUGAUAGACGUGAAGAUGAGACUUGACAAUGCGGCAAGGGACCAUCAAUUUGAAACCGAACACUUGAAGUCUCAAAUUUUGGAUCUUGAAGGACAGCUUGUAAAAAUUUCAGAAACCCUUACCAACGAACAAUUGAAAAUUGCGAAGCUUGAGACUUCACUCUUCGAAUAUGGUUUUUAUAGCAAUGGACAUGUUGAAUCAAAUUACAACAGCAAGCUUGUUUCUGAUCUUGAAGAUAAGGUAUCUCAGCUAAAACUUGGGAUGAGCAGUAUCAAGAAGGGCUUUACUCACAAUGACAUCCAAACCGAUAGUCUCAGCCUGAGGCAGGGAAUGGCUUUGCAGGAUCUGGAAUUCGAAAUUGAUAAGCUCAGAAGGGUAGAAAAAUUUGAUGAGCUCACGUCUAACAAGCAAUCUACGAUUCCAGAUCGUGUGUGGAUGGAUGAGAAAAAAGCUCAUGAAAACACGAAGUGGAAACUGAUUCAAGCAGAAAAAUCUCUAGCUUUGUCUUCGAAGAAGAUAUCUGAAUUGGAAAGUGCCAUCGAAGAGCUCUCGGAGGCGUUCCUGGAGUGGAAAGUCAGUUCGAAUAUGACUAUAACAAGCGACGUCUUGCAGCAAAAGGUACUUAGCCUCGAGGCCGAGAGAGACCGCCUCCUUAAUCUUCACAAUGAUGAUGUGAUGAGGAUCGAACGUCUGGAUUCUUCAUAUAAACGUCUUCAGAGUGAUUAUUUGUCCAAGGAAAGAGAAUUGAAAGGGUCUGUGGACUAUCUCUCAGCUACAAUUCCCGAAUUUGGAUCAUUGAAAGCGAACAACCGCAUCCAAAAACUCAAAAUUCAAGAGAUGUCACAAUUGAUCGCUACCAAGAAUGAAGAGAUCUCUCGUUUGCACCAGGAACUUCAAAGAGCAUAUACCGAAAACGCACAAACAGAGCACAAGCAACAUGAUUCGGUUGACUGGAGCAAAAUACAGAUGGUUUCUGACAAGAAUGCUGAAUCUGAGCUGAUGAUUCAAAACUUGGAAGAGAAGUUGGCGGCUUUUGCUAUGGAGAACAAACAUUUAACCAGCGUAGCAUUCGAAAAAGAGCUGUUAUAUGAACAGAACAGAAAGGAUCUUGAAUUGAGAUUGCUCUCAAGCAAUGAAAGUCAAGCCUUGUUAAAAGGGGAGUUAGAAACGCUUGAAAAGAAACAUGCGUCCGUGUUGAGCAGCUUGUACCUGCUCUCGAACUCAUUGCAAUCUACUCGCGCAAAAUUCUUCAACGUACUGUCUCCCUUGGAUUUUGAGAUAGUGGACACAGCAGACUUCGAGAAGCUCUCGCAGGUUGUUCAAAUCGAAGCCUCGGACCUUGUCUCACUCUCCCUCGACCGUGAGCGAGAGUGCAAAAAUCUCCGCGCCACCAAUGAAAAACUUGAACGUCUGAAUUCAACUUCGAAUGAGAAGUUGAGGCAGGCGAACAGCAAGAUCUCAGCGCUGAGACAGGAGGUCCAAGACUUGCACCAAGAGUUUCUGUCCAUCCUCAACAAGAAGAAAACUGCGCUUGAGGACAACUAUCAUAAGACCAAGAAAGAGCUGGAAGACACUCUCACAAAGAAAUCUGAAGCUGAGGACGAGGCCACCAGACUGCAAUCGGAAUUGAAUGAAAUGGUGGAGGCCAAUGAAGUGUUGAAGCAACAAGUAAGGCUUCUCGAGGACGACCUAGUGAUGAAGUCCAAAUCUCACCUUGAACAGCUGGAACACGAACGUCAGAUGCAUCAGGAUGUGAUAAUGCAGAAACAAGAAGAGUAUGAGAGGCUAUCCGUUGCCUUCGACUCUCUCAAUGAAAUGCAUGACCGAGCACUUGAGAUUCAAGAAAAGACCAGAGUCUUUGCGAUCAAGAAGUCACAACGUUUCUCGUUGCAUCAACAUCUGAUCUUUUGGUUUCACUUCACUUGGAGAUUGGCUCAAAUCAACCACGUUAAGGACAAGAUGUCGUUUUAUUACAGCAUGCACUAUAAAGCAGGGUUUUUCAAACACUGGAAGUCACAUUCCAAGUUCCUUUGCUAUUCCAGGAAAUUGAUUGACAAGCUUGAGAGCAUUCAGUUUACCUCAACGAAAGCAUUUGUUUUCAAAAUGUUUUGGGUUGUCACCCAACAAGAAAAGGCCAGGGAUUCAGUGGAUGCGGCAAACAACAAGGCUUCUCUGAAGGCAAGCCUAGCUUUGGAGGAGAUAUCCACGGCCAAUCAGCACUGUGAAGCCACCAAACAGAGUCUUGCUGAGCUAUCGACAAGAAUGAGAUUCAAGCGCAAGGCACUCAUAGCAUACAGAGAUUGGUUCGCUGAAGUCCUGCGGCAGCGGAGCCUCCGAAACAUUGAGAAGCGAAUAAGCAAGGGAACUUAUCUCAGUCAGGUCCGAAGGUCUUUGCGAAAACUGGAAGAUUACAGUUCAUUCCGAGGACACCUUGAGUCGACCUUUGACAUAUUGGAACGGACUGUACUGAAAAGAGCCAAGACACACACUAUGGAAGCGCUGAAAUUGAGCACGAGGAGAAUCAGGAGCAUGAGGAUCAAGGGCCGGACGUUGAGCGAGCGAGCAAACACGAGGAUCUUAUCGGAAAGCUUCUCCAACUUUAUGUCAAUCUUGACGGAUCGACAAGUUAGCCGAAAGAUCAAAGAAGCAACUUCAUGCAGUGUAGAGUAUCUAGUGGGGGAGAAUGUAGAGUUGCAGCAGCGACUGGAGGCUGCCGAAUCGUCCCUUGCGCAUUCGCAAGCACAAGAGGAGAGGCUCGCAGAGAGGCUUCAAAGAAUCCAGGCGUUGAAAUCGCGAGCAAUACAACAUGGCGUCGAAACCACUCUUUCUUCACUGAAAUUCAAGUAUUUCAGCAAUCUGCGCUUCUCCUGCCUUCGUUCUAGAAUUGUCAACACUUCUGUGUCCGAGAAACAAACAUACUUCCAAUCUUGUUACCUGCAAACAACGCUCAUCAUUUGGUACCUUCAAGCAAGAUACUCCCGUAUGGCUCAAAAAUUCUGUGAAAAGCAAGUUUCGUAUCAGAGAAACCAGAAGAAAUGGCGAACGUUUGAAUAUUUCUGCCUCCUUCUAGAGGGGAAGUCGAUCCGGGACGACAUGACAAAGGCUUGGAUCGACACAACAGAAGAAGCAGAGAACUACAAACAAACCUCAGCUGAGAUGUUUGCGCAACUUGUGGAAGUUCAAAGGCUGCUGGACGAUGAGAAGUCAGCGAGAGAACUGGCAGAGCAGCAGCUGGAACACAGCUUGAGCAUAGGAGAAUCCUUGCAAACAAAUCUGCUCGCCACCGAACAGCAGGCGUCCAGCCACCGAGAAGAAGUCGAGGAGCUGAAGAUGAGGCAGAGCGGUUACGACGUGCGGAUCCAGGAGCUGGAGCGCAAGGUGAGGUGGAGGGAGGCUGGCGGUUGGCUCACGAGGGCACAGGAGGAGCUGCGAGUGCAGAAGGAGGCGAAGAAGACGUUCUACGAGGAGAAGAGCGAGUUGUUGAGGGCCAAGAUCGACUUGGUCAGGCGCAACUGCGAGCUACAGAAGCAGAUCUCCUUCAUCAAGAACGAGAACCAAUUCGUCGAGCUCGAGCUCCGUCGACUGUGGGAGCAGCUGCAGGAAGCUGUAAAGGAGACGCCACACACUCACUUGCACCUGUUCCUGGAUGUCAUGAAUGCUCUCUCCUCUCUGUGUUACUCGCCAUCGCAAGGAGGGGAAAACGACCCAGCGGCGAAGCAGCUCGGCCCUACCCUUGAGCAACCUCGAGGAGGGCGUGACAGCACAGAGGCGUCGCAGGAGCAGCAAGUGGCAGACGAAGGCGAGGGGGACGCGGUAACAGCAGGAUCUGAAGGAGACGAUGCAACUUCAGAACACGAUCGCUGGGGAGGACAAGACCUUGUCAGGCUCGUUUGA